AGCGUGCUUGGUGUACGCAAUGUCUAACGCAUGGCCCCUGGGGCCAACCGGAACCGGAAGGGCCCGGAACCGUGGCGGUACGGCACCGCCCAUCAAUCAAUGGCUGGUGGGGCGUCCGUCAACCGUCAACUGUCCGCUAUCAACGGUGCUACUACUGCUAACGCUCGCGCUAACUACCGUCCUGCUAUCAAACGGUGUGCACGGGUCGACCGUAGCCGGUGUUGCCGGUGAGCUCGCCGAGGACGACUAUUCUGGCGCUAUUCAGGACCUCGAAACGGGCUGUAUCAAUCGGUGUCCCGAUCAGAAUCAAACGAGCUUUACCGAGCACAUCGAUGCCAGCUGUGGAAGCGACUGCUACAUCAAACAGUGUACGAUUGGCUGCCGGCAGUGGGAGCUUGCGCUCGAGUCCAGCUGUCAGCAUGCGUGCAACGUCAGCGAUCAGGAACUGCUGGAAGCGCGGGAAUGGUCCUGCAUCGCCGGAUGUAACGAUGGGCUGAGCCGAUACUUUCGGUGGCUAAAGGCGGAAAUAGGAACACCACACGCACCGGCCCUCGUCGCGGACAGUCUAACUGCGACAGCACUCGCCUUGGAAUGGGAAGUCCCGGAGCGUUUGGUACGGUUGGCCCGUCACCGCAAUCGGGGUCCUCGCAGCUAUCUGGUACAGUGGCGCUAUGAGGAGGUAGCGGGUGAUUGGAAGUAUUAUCGCAACCAGAGUAUGGGCGACAGUUCGACUGUGCGUGUGGACAAUCUGCAACCGUACACCAAGUACCGGUUUCGAGUAGCACUACUACUAUCGCCCCACCACGACCAGGUCCUGACGUCCGAGCAGAGCGUCAUCAUCAGCACGCUACCGUCCGGUGUGCCCACCUCGGAGCCUACCAUUGUACGGGCAGUGGCAGUAGAUCACUCGCGCAUAUCCAUCUCCUGGGAACCGGGCCCAUUCCCCAACGGUCCUGUACUGUCCUACGUGCUGCAAAUCAAAGACCUGCAUCCGAUCGGCUACAGCGCGCUUAAGGAAAUCCCGGAGUCAAACACAUCGCGCCAUUACAUGUUCGAGAAGCUGGAACCCGAGCGUAACUAUUCCGUGUCGGUAGCGAUGAGCAAUCCGGCCGGUGAGGGUCCCGCCUCAGUUACGCUCGUUGCCACACCGCCCAAACCAACCGGCCACGAGGAAGCGCUCCUUCCAACGCUCAUCCUCGGUGCGGAGCGUUCCAUCCUGGCGCAGAGCUCCCUGACACUGUUCUCCGAUCCGCCCACCAACGUGUACGCAAGCAUCGAGCACAAAAUUCGCGGCACAGCAACACACAUACGCCGUGGGCUACUGUUCGUGUCGGACGAUGCCGGUUUCAUCUAUCGUGCCCCAUCCCGACCCGGUGCGGAAAAGUCUCGUGUCGCCAUCUUACUACCGGGAGCGGCGAACAACUUUCGCCCAACGCUACUGUCGGUCGACUGGCUUAAUGAGCAUCUCUACAUACUGGGGCAGGCACGCCCAACCAAGCUGUGGCAGAUAGCGUACUGUGACUUUACCGGUGGCCAUCUGACGGUCGCCAUUGCGGGGCUUCAGCGCCGACCGGAUCAUUUUGCGGUCGAUCCGUACAAUGGGUAUCUGUUCUGGGUGGUCGGUGGUACCGGUUCCGAGGCGGGACUAUUCCGGCUCGAUCUUGGUGACAUCUCGAACGGUGUGCGGCACGAAAUACGCCCCCUGCAAAUGGUGAGCGGACGCAACUUGGGUGCGUUUACGCUCGAUCAUGCCAACUUUCGUGUACUGCUGGCGGAUCAGGGCUUGAACACGGUGUUGGCCGUAUCGCUCGACGGGAAAAAGCUGGAGGACAUCCGGAACAACACACAGCAGCCCCGUUUCGAGCGGGUAAAGUCGUUGGCGAGGGCGAACGGAUUGUUCUACUGGACGAACGGUACGGAGGUUUUUGCGGAAGACUAUCACCGGCUGCACGAUAGCUACUAUCACAAUGCGUUCCCGAUAGCGGCCAACAAUACGUACUUCAGCAUCAGCGUGAAUCUGACCGCCGAACAACCGAUCCCGAUACCGGUCAAUCCACCACGCAAUCUACAGGCGCUUGCCUCACCGGACAAGCUAAAGGUGUCCUGGGAUGUGCCGUACCUGCUUGGCGUGAAAGGUCGCGGUGCCUGGCAAUCCUGGAGCUACCGUGUGGAGGUGAAGGAUGAGCAGCUGGAAAGUGUGCUGCAUGUAGCUACCGUAAAUGCAACGAGCUACGCGUGUGACAUUGCGGGGAGAUUGCUACCGAACCGUGUGUACACGGUACGGGCGGCCGCAUUUACUGCAGCCGGACGUGGACCGUGGAGUCGGGAGUUCCGUGUGCGUACACUGCGUCCCGAAAGCCAGCACCAUCUGGUGUGGGCUAGCACGGACGGUAUCGUGCGUAGUGAUGUGAUUGGUGAGCAUGUGAGCACGCUGAUACCACGUUCGACGGAGUUGGAUGGUGCUGCCGUUACAAGUCUUGCCUGGCACGCGCGUUUACUGUACGUGGUGAGUAACUCGACGCUACGACUUUACCGCGAACCGAACACGACUGGUGGCGAAUGGACGAAGGUGCGCGAGCUCGAAUCGGUCGAGUGUGUGGCGAUCGAUUGGAUCGGUGAGCGGCUCUACUACUCGAAUCCGGCACAGCAACUGAUCGUACGAUCUGGAUUGCUCGGUGAGCAACCGGAACCGAUACACAGUGUGAUGAACGUGCGUGAGAUACGGUUCGAUGCGUACCGGGGAUAUAUCUACUGUUCGUCCGGUCUCAUACUGGAGGCGUUCCGGCUGAACGGGAAAAGUCGGGUACUGUACUUCAGCGAGAAGCUGUUCACCGGCAAACAGAUCAUCGGCAUGACGCUGGACCUCGACGGGAAACGUUUGUACUGGAUAGUGCGUAGCUACUCACACUCACACCUGUACUGGGGACCACUCGCCGGCUAUCCUGCUACCAGUGGGUCGGGCAGUGGAACCGGCACACUACCAUCGUUACCACUCACCGACCAAACACCGCAAGGUCCACUGCUACACUUUAGCGAUCGUUUGCUGUGGCUGAAGGAGAGUCAAGUUGUCGUUGGUGAUGUGAAGGGUGAAAAUCUUGCGUACAUUCGCAACCACCAUCUGAACGGGACACGUGCGCUGGCUCUUAUCGAUCAGGCACCGAAGACGCUCUCCAUCAACGUGCUUCCGGCCAGUGUCAAUGCCAGCUCGAUUCGCGUUACCGGUGAUUGGCGACGCUUCAACGUUAGCUGGACACCGGUGAAAAACGUCAACUAUAGUACGGUCUUCUACAAGCUCACGCUCAAGCUGCCGGACGCCCGGGAUAUCGUGCAGGAGCUAACCGUGCCGUACUUUGUGUACGGUGCUAGUAUCGGGGAUGAUAGUGAUCCAACCAGUGCCGAGCAUGGACCAAUACCACCGUACACACCGAUCGACAUCACGCUGCACGCCUUCACCUACUGGCGAUCGUCGAGCUUUUCGAGCGUGCGUCGACAUACGCCGGCAGGGAAACCGUCAGUACCGGUUGCACCACGUGCCUACAUCCAGCAUCACUAUCUGCCCGGUACACACGUGCUGACCACCGGGCUCGUUUUCCGUUGGUCGCCCCCGACCGAACCGAACGGGCCGAUCGUUGCGUACCGAGUUGAUUGCUGGUCCAGCUACGAUGAGACAAAGCGUCGCGUACUGCUGGACGGUGUCGAGGUACGGAAUAGACGCACGGAGCUGCUAAUACCGGAACCAGUGCAGCCCGACAUCACGUACUACCUGCAGGUGCGCGUAUGCAACGUGGACCAUAAUGGCGAUCCGAGCGAGGUACGAUCGAUCAGUUUGCGGGACGGCCGUCCACUCCCACUGCUGUACGUUGCCACCAACGAUCAGAUACUGCUGGUGGAUCUUGAUCUGCGCGAAAGCACACCGAUCGUUGCCACCGCCAUACCGGCGAUCCUGCUCGCCGAGCUACGCCACGAGCGUAAGCUGUUCUGGGUGAACGUAAACGGUGAGCUCUUCAUGCACGACGAUGCGGAUGGUAAGCGUAAGCUAGCGCAGGUACCGUCACGUGCCACGGCCCUCACUGUCGACUGGAUCACCCGUACCGUUUACGUCCGUUCGCAAACACCAUCCGGCAAUGGGAGCACGCUGCAUGCGUACGAUCUAAACCGAUUCGAGAGUGGUGGGUCCGAUCCGGUACAUCGGCUGUUUAGUCUACCUGUAGAACCAACCUCGAUCGAAGUAAUCCAAUUCUUACCGAACGAGUCCGAACUGCUGGCACUCUCUCGUGCGUCUCGUGCUGGAUACAUCAUUUCGCUCGAGGAACCAGACCGUGAUCCGAUCACAUUCAACUGUGCGGUUGAGGUAGUAGACGAGCGGAUGCAACGGUUGUGUGAUGAGUAUGGGUAUGAGUUUGACGAGCACGAGCAGCACGGUAUCGUGCAGGAUGAGAGCUAUCUGUAUUGGAUCAGUCCGGACGGAACGGUCAAUGUACGAGCACGUGAUGAUCCACCGGCAACAAAUAAUCGCGAAUUCCUACUGGCAGGAGCGGUCGCCCUACUACCCGUACAACAACAGCAACGCUAUCCUCCCGAGCUUUGUCUCGUCCCGGCGGUACAGCACAUCCAGUACCUACCGGAGCUGUACAAUAACACCGAGAAUUCCAUCACCCUACGGCUACCAGAACCGGAGCGUCAUCCCGAUUGUGAACGACGGCCACCGGCUGUACGGUAUCGUAUCAUGUACCAGCUCGAGGACGAACCAGCCGCCGACCUGUACGUGGACUAUUCGUAUGAGUUGAGCCGCACGAUAGGCAACCUGCGGCCGUACACUAGCUAUCGGUUUGGUAUCACGCUUACCAACUACUACCUAACAGCGGGUCUAGCCGUUACCGAGCGCUUACAGUCUGCCGGUGUCGAGACGACCGAAACACCGAAACACUUUAUGCCGGUCGUUUUCCGAACCGCGGUCGGGCCACCGUCACGACCGGAAGACAUUACCGCGCUGCCGAUCAGCCCUACUGAGCUGAUCGUGAGCUGGACGCCAUCGCGGCAAAAGAACAGCCAUCACGUGUGGUACGAGAUAUGGCGUGCGGAACCGGGCGAGCACAAAAAUCGGCAGCAGCAGCUUGUAACAGAUUUCAAAAUGGACGACACAUUCAUGACGGCGGAGAUUGGUCGGCUGCAGCCAAACCAGACGUACAUCAUCUGGGUGCGUGCAUACUCCAACUUUCACGCAUACAGUGAUAGCGACAAAUUCCAGGUGCAAACGUUCCCGGAGCCGAACGAUAUACAGCUCCUAUCGCUCAACUCCACCGGCAUUCGGUUGCGAUGGAUUCCUCCUCCGAACUGUCAGAAGUAUAGGAUUCAGUACUCCAUCGUUGGACAAAAUAGUUGGACGACGAUGUACGAUUCGACGGUUCUAGCAUCCGUAUGGUACAACUAUCAUCACGAGGUGAACGAUCUACUACCGAAGACAAGGUAUCAGUUUACGGUACUGCUGUACUACCCCUACCGGGAGGAACCGUACAUGUGGCCACGCGAUCGUGACAUACUGUUCGAAACGAUGGCCGACAGACCGGCUGCACCGGGACGUCCGGAUGUCACCAAGCUUCGGCAGGACGUGUACAAGGUUAGCUGGGAACCGGCAAAGGAUAAUGGUGCUGUCAUCGAGGAGUAUGCCCUGGAAGCGCUUGUAACCCAGUCGAACCGUGCUGCCCGUUUAUUGAUACCGGCGGAGGACGAAACGGAGCAGGUGGCUAGUGUUACCAGUGCUAGCAACGAAACUGUACCAUCUACCGAGGUGGAAACGUACGACGAACACUGGAGUCAGGUGUACAACGGUACGGACGUGUACUGGAUCAUCCCGGAACGGCACGCCAUCCAAAGCAAUCUGUUCCGGGUGCGGGCACGCAAUUCGUACGGCUGGGGCCCGUACAGUGAGGAAAGUCGACCGACCAGUACGGACCUGUUUGUGCGGCGCACCGUUGCCUACAUUAUAUCGUUCGUCAUUUUGACUGCCGUUUUGGUGGUGUUUAUUUCGCUGACGGUGUUAUUAAUUGCAUUACGGGCAGCAGAAAGAAUGAAGAAGAAGGAUCUGGCCAAUGCACGACUGUCCGACGUUGAACUGGCGAACUUGCGAGAGCUGCCUCGUCGUGGCAACUUUGUACAAACUACCAAUAUCCUGUACAGUUCUGGAUCUAUGAAUGAGUCGGAUAUUGCUUCGUUGCCUCGCAUACGUCUUGAUCAGAUCUUUAUGGCAAGUUCAUCGCUGCUUGGUAGUGGUGCGUUCGGUGAAGUAUACGAGGGUGUCGUAAAAGGUGUCGAUGGCGAAGCGGAAACACGAGUAGCAAUCAAGACACUCAAGAAAGGUGCAAAACUGCACGAGAAACAAGAGUUCCUACAGGAGGCGCAGCUGAUGAGCAACUUCAAGCACAAGCACAUUACGCGCCUGCUUGGCGUGUGUCUCGAAGCGGACGCACUGCUCAUCAUCAUGGAGCUGAUGCAGGGUGGCGAUCUGUUAAGCUAUCUGCGCCGCAGCCGCUCCUUGCCCGGGCAGGCCGCACGGCUCACAAUGCUCGACCUUAUCUCGAUGUGCCAGGACGUGGCGUCCGGUUGCCGGUACCUGGAGGAGAUGCACUUUGUACAUCGCGAUCUGGCAUGCCGCAACUGUCUGGUGUCGUCGACGGAUCCACGCGAUCGCGUCGUUAAGAUCGGUGACUUUGGGUUGGCACGGGACAUCUACAAGAAUGACUACUAUCGUAAGGAGGGCGAAGGUUUGUUGCCGGUACGUUGGAUGUCGCCGGAAAGUUUGGUCGACGGUGUGUUUACGUCCCAGUCGGACAUCUGGGCGUUCGGUGUGCUGCUGUGGGAGAUUAUGACGCUUGGCGAGCAACCGUAUCAGGCAAAAAAUAACGUCGAGGUGCUGAACCAUGUGCGCGAGGGUGGCCAUCUUGAUCGGCCGAAGGUGUGCCCGAACGAAAUGUAUGAGCUGAUGAAGUACUGCUGGAGAUUCUCCCCCGAUGAACGGCCGACGUUCCGAUACUGUCUGGAGGUGUUGCGGGCACUGCGUGAAAAUACUAGCGAAGAUACACAAAUCAUUGCACCGUUCCCGGCAAAAUUGCAGCAAGGCUCAAUGCGCUUUGUUGGAAACGAUGGUGGAAUGAUUGCCACCCCACCUACAUCCAGCAGUGGUAGCAGUGGCGCUACUGGAUGCCUCAACACCACCUCCCCGAAAUAUCUCGAGCUGGUGUACGAGGACAGUGGACAGGACCAACCAGACGGGUUCGGCGUCCUACAGGAUAGUGCCAGCCCACUGUCCUCGACACCAACCGACAACGGUUACGAGAUACCGAUCACCGACGCACGGGGACAGUUUGCUGAAGCGAGCGGCAGCAGUUUGCCGCGCCGCUCCUACCCAGCCCAUCCUAACCAGCCGCUGCUCGGCCCGAACCUCUCGGUACUGCUGCCGGACGGUACAUGUGCCGCGGACGACGAUCGAGACAGCCAGCCGAUGGGAUCUCACUCGCCAGUUGCCACUACCAGCAGUAGUAUUAUGGAACGAGAGGAACGACCGACCAGGAGCUGA